AUGGUUCGAUACGCCGCCACAGAGAUCGCCCCCGCGAAGUCGGCCCGCGCCCGCGGUGCCUACCUGCGUGUCUCGUUCAAGAACACCCGCGAGACCGCCCAGGCCAUCAACGGCUGGAAGCUCGCCCGUGCCGUCAAGUUCCUCGAGAACGUCCAGACCAAGACCGAGGCCGUCCCCAUGCGCCGAUACGCCGGCAGCACUGGCCGCACCGCCCAAGGCAAGCAGUUCGGUGUCUCCCGUGCUCGAUGGCCCGUCAAGUCCGCCGAGUUCCUGCUCGGUCUCCUGAAGAACGCCGAGUCCAACGCUGACGCCAAGGGUCUCGACACCUCCAACCUCAUCGUCAAGCACAUCCAGGUCAACCAGGCCCCCAAGCAGCGCAGACGUACUUACCGUGCCCACGGUCGUAUCAACCCCUACAUGUCGAACCCCUGCCACAUCGAGCUCAUCCUGACCGAGGGUGAGGAGGUUGUCCAGAAGUCUGAGGAUGUUGUCGGCCGUGAGCACUUGAGCUCGAGACAACGAGGUGCUGCCCGCCGCAAGGCCCUCACUGCCGCAUAA